AUGUGGGUGAGAUCAAGGGCAGCAGAACUCAAGUUGGCUGCUGCAGAUAUUAGUCUGUUGGAAGGCCGGGAUAUCCAUAUUCAUUUUCCUGCUGGGGCUGUACCUAAAGAUGGACCCUCAGCAGGUGUGACUCUUGUAACCUCACUGGUUUCACUUUUCAGUCAGAGAAGAGUAAGAGCAGAUACAGCAAUGACUGGAGAGAUGACUCUGAGGGGUCUAGUAUUACCUGUAGGUGGUAUCAAAGAUAAGGUUUUGGCAGCUCAUCGGUAUGGUAUCAAGAGAGUUAUCCUACCAGAGAGGAACUUGAAGGACUUGGUGGAAGUACCAUCACCGGUGCUUGCAAGUCUGGAGAUAUUGCCUGCUAAGCGUAUGGAAGACGUGCUGGAACAAGCUCUUGAAGGUGGUUGCCCCUGGAGACAACAUUCAAAACUAUGACAGGACCUGCAAGUCUUGUAUAUUUGACCAAAUUCUAGUGAUCGAUCACUACAAGCUAUGGGUAGUAGGUUUAUGUUCGUUCUGCAGCCAAUGGUGGUUAUUGGAGGCUAUUGAAACAUUCAACAGGAUAAACCGAUUGUAAGUACCCAGUCACAACAUUUCUUUUUGACUUUUCUGGGGAAAACUUCUAUAUAUAUAUUGUUUUUUUCCGUUGGCAAAGCUGUAUUUAAAAGGGGAAGCUGCUGCUGCUUCUUUUUCCUUUUCAUUUUGAUUAAUCUCAAAUCAAUACUAAGCUGUAUAUAAUCAUUGUUUAUGAGCAAUGGAACACUGGCAAGUAGUUUCAUAAGGUUCCUACCAAGUGUAUUAUCCUGUGAUGUUCCUUGAACG